AUGAUUGCGCAGAAGAAAGCUGAAAAGAAGAAAGCGAAAGAAAAAAGCAAAAAACGUGCUAAAACGCCGGAAUUCAACCCGGCUCAGGAGGACGAUAUGGACAGAGCAGCGCAACAAUUGGCCAUGAAGAUGGCUGCAGGCAGAGCGGAUCUGGGAGAUUGGAAGCCACCAAGUGAGCGAGACACGCCAGCUGUGCCCACAGAGGAACAACCAGAGAAGCCGGCUCGUCAGACCGAGCAAAUUCCCCAGAGCAAUGCGAUAGAAGAACAACGGACGGAAAGCGCUGAGGUGCCCAGUGCAUCGGAACAAAAUGUUGAUACUUCUCAAAGGCCAAUCGAAGAUGCAGCUCAACAACCAGAGCACAGUGGUUGGGCUGGUUUCGGNGAUGAGAAUCUCUUCACACAAAGUUACGAUCCGUUCGACGUGCGUUCCGCUGAAGAUUUGGUUGAAGCAGCAAAAGAACGAGCUGCUGCCGAGGUGGCGGCCGCACAAGCUCAAGAAGAUGUGGAUUUCUUUGGAGGCGGAAUUGGUGGUGACAGGCGCAGUGUGGCCAGUUCGCCGACACCCGAAGGGGGUAGUCCAGCGAGCUCGAGACCGACUGGUUUCGAGGAUGAAUUCAGAGUGGAUGUAAGCUCCUUAAUAGUUGUUCAGUGA